AUGAAGGUGUCUGAUUUUAACAUAACGGAUGGUCUGCAUAAUCGAUGGUGUCGUUUCAUAAUACAGCGAUAUCUUGGACAAUUCCUGGAACAGAAUCUCACGCUCGAUCAACUCUCAGUUAAACUCUUUGCUGGUGAACUAUCCAUCAAUGAAGUCAAAAUCAAUGCACAUUAUGUGAAUGAACUCUUAACGUCAAUGAAUGUACCGUUAAGGCUUACUGACGGAUUUGUUGGAGGAAUCACAAUUGAAGUACCGUGGCGGUCCAUCACUUCUGAUGCAAGUAAAAUGAAAGUGAAACAGUUGGAUUUGACGUUUCUAUCGCGAGAAGGCGUUAAACUGGACAAUAAGGAUCUUGUUUCGUCAAUGAUUGGCAGUGUAGUUGAGUCAUUAGUAUCGUCUAGCGAGUUGGCCCGCAGUUUCUACGAAAAUGAAAAGUGCUCCAGCGAAGAGGAAUUUGACACCGAGGCCAAAGAUGGUGUGAAAGCCUUCACCAAAGUUAUUGAUGCAAUCGUCUCUCGGUUCUGUUUGGAAUUGGAAGAGACAACGAUACGGUUUGAGAAUCCACCGAAAUUCAUGGUACGGUUUAUCGAUGAACAAAUGAGAAAUUGUCAACAAGAAGGCGGAAGCACAGAGACUAUUACAAACCAGCCUCAAGGAAUGGGAAGUAUAGCGAACCUAAACAAGUUCAUGGAUAUUUCAGGAUUAGAGGUUUUCACGGAUGUUUUCACGGAAUUCGAUGAUCAAUGUUCAGAUAAUAACUCUAGUCAAAUUCUUACGAGUAUGUACAUAAGAAGGGAGAAGCAAAAGCAUAAAUUGGUAACUAAUCCCGAGGCAACGUCAGAACUUUCCAGCUCGACGCUAUCAUCGUCUACUGCCAACUAUCAAUCAUGCUAUUCUAAUUUUAAUGCGGGUGAAACUGUUAGUCAGCAAUUUCGUGACGAGUUCAAAGUUACAAGAGUGGACUCUCAACGAGUACUGUCUUCUAAUCCGAUAAAGUUUGCUGAGUUUGUUGGAGAAUCUCGAGUGAUAUUUCGUAUAAAAAAUUCCGAUGCAUUAGUAGACAAAAGAGACAACAGGAUCGAAAUCGAGUCGUUUUUCACAGGGUUACAUUGUUUCAUCCUACCUUCACAAGUUGACAUUUUGAAAAGGUUUUUCUCUUCAGUUGUACUACCUCAACCAGAAAAAUCAGCGGAUUUCGGGAAGAAAAUGGAGAAAAGUGACUAUGAUGCCAUGGCAAAAAAUAUAGAGGAGGAAGCUUUCCAAAAAGCUCAAGUAACAGCGCAAGGAAUGCAUGGUACAUGGAAGAAACGUGAGAAUUUUCAUGAAUUUGACUCCAUUAACUUGGAAGACAACCGUACGUCAAGGAGAUUCAGUGAGGCGUGUCGCGAUAACUACAAAACUCUCAAAUCAGAAACUAACAGGAGGGAAAGUACGAUACUGUCAGCUAAAAUUGGCACAGUUAUUAUUUGUAUUCCUCAUGUUGAUAUGAUGUCAGUGGAGUUUGUAAGAAACCUUAGUAGCGAUUGUAGUGAAUCAAUCGAUUAUGUCCUCGCUGAAUCUAAUGCGUUCUUUACGAAAGCUGCCAAAGUUUCUUUAAAACAUACAAAUUUACACACUACACGGACCUUACUGGACCAUUUAUACAAUAAGGAUCAUCUAAGACUUGUUGGUACUUCGAUUCUCUUUCAUUAUCAGAUGGAGAAGAGCGACGCCGGUGAACAAAUGAAUAUGAAAUUAGUUUUUCCCAAUAUGGACUUUAUUGAAUAUCUCAUCCCGGAGUCUAAUCCUCAUGACCCAGAAAGUGCGCAUUUACCACUUUUGGAUUUUUCAAACAUUGAGUGUAUGGAUCAAGAACCACAAAUGAAACUAGUGUUCAGCAGUUCUCCUUCGGGGUCCGACGAGUCGAAGGUCUUCGUCUAUAUGGGAAAGUGCCGUUGUGAUUUAGAUCUUAGCAUUGUGGAUCGGGUUCCAGAUUUGUUGGAACCACAACCAUUUUUUGAUUUGCCAUCGUACAGGCGUUCAAGGUUGGACAACGUUAUGAGGAAAGACCAUCUCCAGCUCCGUGAAGAUCUGUUUAGUGUGCCGCUUAUUAACGAUCAAUCCAACAAAACAAUGGUGGUUGUUAAAUGUCAGGCUUUGGAUCUAAAUAUAAGAAUACCGAUCGCUGAUUUGCGAAGUCCUAGUGGACCUCGCUCAGUUUAUCGUCAACGCCAUGUUCAUACAGAAUAUAUUGGUCUUCAUGUCAGCUCAGUGACUGUCGAAGUACCGCUUGGCGGGGAAAACAUGCUGCUGGAGCUUUUUGCUACUGAGAUAUACGGUUAUUUUUGUGGUGUUUCUGAGAAGUUCACUUGUUCUGAAGAAGACCGGCGUUUUCUUUGGGGAGGUCAAACUUCAGUGGAUGAGCCAAUACACAUGAAAUUGGAGUACGAUCCACGAAAUAAGAUCUUAAAAGCAUCAGAUACCAAAAUUCACUCCAUCAGUAGCAUUACUGAUGAGAUGACGAAGAGCAUUUCACUUUCUGUUAUACAAUCGUUACCGCAACGGGAAGGUCCAUUCGCCCAGACCCAUCGCUCUUUUCUGCACAAACAUGAAGAAGGCAACGAUUUAAUAUUGGCUGGAUCUCGUGAAGAGAUGACUUCUUUUGGAGCUAAAUGCAUUCUUCAGUCGGCAUUCGUAAUAUCGUUUGAUGUGCCAAUCCUUCGACUUCUAAUGCCAAGUCAUUCGUACCUCGAAGUGCUUUACAAUAGACUGGUAAAUGAUCUCCUACUUUGGCAUCCCGCAACACCAUCAACAAGGCCGAGAGAAGAAGAAUUCAAAAUCAAUGCGCUAAGUGAUGAUAUGUUCCAGGAAUGUAGCGGCGACCCCAUGGAGCACUAUGAAGAUGACGAUGAAGAAGAACGUUUUCAAUCAUCUACGCACACAAACAGAUACGACAGGAACAAGUCGCAUAUAUUAAGCUUUUCGCUCAAUGUGAAGAAGGGAACUCUGAUGAUGUGCCAGACAAUAAGUAAGAACGAGAAGGAUAAGAGUACGUGUCAGAUUUCGGUGGAACUUUCGGAUGCACAAUUGUUUAUGGUUUCUGGAUAUCACGGUUCUCUUACUGAUACAUAUUUCUACUUCACUGCACGCACAGUUGGAGUUGGUCAUAGAAAUAACUGCAUGAUGCCAAAAGUUGUCAACCAAGCAGAUUUUGGGAAGUGGAAUCGUGACGACACGCAGAUGAAUUCUAUACCAGUCGGUGAUGAAUUUCGUUCCCAAUCCGCAGAUGAUGCUAUUGGUGUUGCAAUCUAUCUGUGCGAACGACCUGGGCAAAAUAUCAAGGAUGUUCUUCUUGCAAUAGCUGUAAGAAACAGCAUUGUCCAACUGCGACCAUUUCGGAAUUCGAAGGAAACGUGGAUGUUUCAGUUGGCAGAUUUCCUCACACUUCAGGACUACCCUAUACCUGGCUACGAUCUUCCGAUGGUUACGACGGACCUCCAUGUUCACCUGGAUAAUGUUGUCUUAGCUUACGAUCACGCAUGGACAAAUCCUGAAAGUGACGUCCGCUUGCGGUUAGUUCUUGGAGAGAGUGAUAUCAGCAGUUCUAUUAUGCAAGAUAUGAAUGUUGCUAAGGUAGUAAGCAUUUUUGAAGGUGCCCGAAUUUUUAUUAGUAGUGCAAAGAAAUCAAAGGAGAACGUUCGUUUCGAGGAACGGCUGUCGUCUAAGGAAUAUGUCAAAAGUGCUCCUUUAAAGCGAAGAUUUCUUAAAGUUGUUCAUGUUGGACUGUUUCAAUUUGAAUUUCUGUCAUCUUUAUUUCUGGAUGAGCAUUCCGCUCUUAAUUGUCCUCUGCUUGACAUUCGCUGUCGAAGCGACAUCAUUGAGGCAUGGGUUUGUGCUGAUUCGUUAGUCGUAUUAAUGAACUUGGCAUCUGAAAUUUCCCAGUGUGGAAAUUAUACUCCCAGUGAUAGAAAGGAGUAUUGCUUCGGUAAUCAGUCUAGUAACAAAAUAACGUCUAAGCGUUCCAAACACGACGAACCAACAACCUUCGCCAGUUCAGAAGCUUUACCCACUAAUUCACCGAAUCCCGUAGAAAUUAAAAUGAAGCGGAUGCUGGCAUCUGCUAUGCAAGAAACACCUUUAUCGUUUUCUGGUCCAACGAACUCUGUUCCAUAUGGAAAGGUUGCUCUUGAAGAAUUUUCGCCAACAUAUUCCACAAACAAGAUUGGGAAGGACUUACAGAUGAAUACAUUAGUAGAUAAUGUACACACAGAACGAAAUCGGGCAUAUUCAUUGUCGACGGACGAUGAAUUCUGUAUGGUAGACGAAGAUGUCAUUGGAAGUGGAGUGACAAAUCCAACUGGUGAGCCAAAUAUCAAGUACAUUGGGUCACAACGCGGCCGGUCGCCACUAAAUACUGGUAUCACUGUAGAUCCACAUCAUUUUCGCGUCCCUAGUGAUUGGUGUGGUGACGUAUUGGCUGCUUUACCUGCUGAUUUUUCAACGCCGACUGUGCGGUACUUAUUCCGUGAUAUUUCUAUAAGCCUUCAUCUUUACGGAGGAUCAGACUUGGGUGAAGACCCUCCAAAGGAGCGUAGCUAUAGCACUAGUGAGUAUCGCGAAGGAAAAGGAAAGAAUCAAUUUGUCUCAACAGAUGUAGCUGGAGGGAAAUAUAGAGAUCAUUCAGUUUGCGUUGUAUUAGAACUUAGUAAGAUUACUUUUGUAUAUCAACUGUUUGGCAAGAAUUCUCCGUUAAUGUCAAUGAAACUUUUUACCAUUCACAACAUUACACUGCUCGAUAAGCUAGUAGCAAGUCAGAUUAAGGAAAUGAUGUAUCAAUACUCAUCUGGAGACCAGCCUCGUAGAACCUGUGCGCCGAUGUUAGCAAUUCGUAUGGUUGAGUCUCAUAAAAAUGAGGGAAAACUUAGAGUGUCUUUACUACCUAUAAAGUUUAACAUCGAUCAGGACACCAUGGAGUUUUUAGACGAUUUCUUCCAGGAAGUCCGUUCAUCUGUUGAAUUGCAUAUUGAAGUUCCUGAUAACGUCUCUUCACAACCAGUUUUGGAGAUACCAGCGACGAUUAAAUCGGAGAAGGAAGUUUCUCGAGUAGUAGUCGAUAAUCUUUAUCCAUGUCUUGAUGAUGAUGAUGUUAACAUAAACUUGAACGUAUUAACUCCGAAGGCUGCCCCAUCAUCGAUAUGCAAUUUGCUUGAUAGUAAAAUCCGUGCAUCUCAUCUAAUUUCUCCUGUUGAAGAAGUCUCUGCUCCAUCGAGCAGUCCAGAUUUUAUCCAUGCAGGUCCAUUGUUAGACGAGUUAGUUUCCAUGGUUGAUGAUCUUCAUUUAGCUGGUGACUGGAAUAGUGGUAGCGAGAUUAAAUUCCCUGAUGUCGAUCAUUGUGGGCCUAUGACUACAGUGGAAAAGAAAUUAGUCGGCGCUUCCUCACAUGAAUCUUUGCAUCAAGAGAAAACCGUCGAUGACGAACAUGCGGAUCCGUCCAGCGGCUCCAACGGUGUUCUCAUAGAUACCAGCACUGCAACCGAUGAGAAUUCACGUGGUGCUUGCAAAGAUCAUGUUUGCCACGACGGAAUUUGUGCUGAGAUGCCUCCAUUGUCUGUAAAACGCGAAGAAAGUAGUGAAAUGGUUGAAACUACUCGCAGCAGCACUUUUUUCAAAGAGUUCAUUUUCUCACCAGCUGUAUCAGUCUAUGUUGAUUAUCAUGGAAAGAAUAAGAUCAAUGUAGAGAGGAAUGGGGCCAUUUUCGGUGUACUGAGUGGGAUUGGUCAAUUAAAUCGCACGAAAUUUGUUCUCAAAGAGAUAGUGAAUCGAAAUGGACUGCUUGGAAUUGGUCGAUGUAUAAAUGUAGCCAUCGAUGAGUGGUUGUCGGAUAUAAAAUCCAGUAUUCCAAACGUAUUGGCCAGUUGCAGUCCCAUUAGUCCUCUAGUCCAGAUUGGAAAAGGAGUUGUUGAUCUUUUCUGGCUUCCGGUUGCUGAGCUUCGAAAAGAAAAUGGACACGUGGUAAAAGGGAUUCAGAAGGGUGUUGGGUCUUUCGGGCUUUCUUCAGCGGCCGGGGUCGUGGGCAUGGCGCAGACAGUCGUCGGUGUAAUUCAGGUAGUUAUUCUCAGGAUAGUUCAGAUGCUUGCUGAGACCGUUUUACACGAAGUUCAACCAUCUGCUCCUUACCUCAAUGAACGAAAUCGUCGGGCCGUAGCAGCAAGGACAGUUGCCCCAAUCGACCUACGUCAUGGACUGCAACUUGCUUAUGAUAUUGCAUCAGAUGGUUAUCGACAAGCGCGUGACGAUUUGGAAUUGGCUGCGCAAGAAGAUCGUGCAUCUGGGCAAUCAUCAUUUCGUAAUGUACUUAAGGUUGCACCAACUACAAUCAUUCGCCCGCUAGUUGCUGGAACUCAAAUUGGCUAUCAACUGUUGGGAGGUCUGAAAGCUCAGUUAAGACCUGAUGUAUACCAAGAUGAACGUCAUAAAUGGAAAAAUGAAGAAGUUCCAGGUGGUAGCGGACAACGAUAA